UGUCAGCACUUAAAGUUCUGGACUUUUGAAGGACUUUAGAUGAAGAUCUGGAAACAUUUUGUUGAAAAUGUCAUUAUGUUAAAGAUCCUGCAGGCUGCUGUGAUGAGAUCAUUGAGAACGGCUCCUCCUCUUCCUCUGGUCUUUCUGCUCAUGACUGCUGGAGCUUUUGGAGCAGAGUGGAGUGUGAAGUACAACCAACAGGAAAUCUGUGCUUUAAAAGGAUCCACAGUGUUUAUGAACGGAACUUUUACUCACCCAGAAGGUCUCACAGUGACAGAGACUUUCUGGUUCAUACACCCAGUUAAGGGUGUGAAGAAGACUGAUCUGAGUAAAGACCCAGAUUAUUCAGGCAGAGUCGAGUUUUUCACUGAUGAUCAGAAACACUUCUCCCUCAAACUGAGUGAUGUGAUGAAGAAGGAUGAACAUCAGUUCUGCUUCAGAAUCAUAAAAAAUGUAAAUAAAAAAAGAGGGUGGGGUAAACCUGGAGUUCAGCUCAGAGUUACAGAGCUCCAUGUAGAAGCUCCUGAAGAAGUGACCGAGGGAGAAACAGCAGAUCUGACAUGUAAGACCACCUGCAGUCUGACUGACCCAACAUUCAUCUGGUACAAAAAUGGACGUCCUUUAACCACAAAGACCAUCAAGAACAACCAGCUCCACCUGCAGACGGUCAGCAGUGAGGAUGCAGGCAGUUAUAGCUGUGCUGUAGGAGGAUCUCAACACCUCCGCACUACUGCUCACAGCCUCAGAAUCCUCCAAAGACCGUCUCAGUGUCCAUCUGUUCCUCUGGUGAAAUAG